GUACCCGUUUCUGCGUAGUUUCAAUAACGGAAUUUCCGUCUUUCUGGUUCACCUCAUCCUCUCUCUCUCUCUCUCAAAACGGAACUAUGGUCUGUAGUUCUCUGUCCAUAGCGUAUUCCACACCUUCUUCAUUCCCUUCUAGUUACGCCAACAAUUCAACUCUCACAUCUUCUUCACCCACCACUUUCAAUUCUUUCAAACGAAACCCUAGGUUUUUCAAACCGAUUCGGAGAAUCGGGGUUCGAGCGAAGCCGUCGGUGGAGGACGAUGGGUCGGUGGUGGAGCCGUUUAUGCAGAACAAUUCGCCUGCGGAAUUCAUGAGGUACAGGUCAGUGGGCCUCGGUGGAGGCCAAGGCCAAGGUGGGGAGUUGCAGACGUCGGUCGUUACUUACCGGAAGAAGUUUCCUUGGUCUCUUCUCCGACCGUUUCUUCAGGUUGAUCUGGUUUCAGCAGUACACAUUGCCGAUAGAGAAUAUUUUGCAACCCUUCAGAAGGAACUUGAACACUAUGAUUGUGUCCUUUACGAGAUGGUGGCUCGCAAGGAUGCUUUGAAUGACAGACAAAGUCCUAGUGGGAUGAAAAAGCUCAAAGCUUUACCUAAACGGCGCUAUGACAUUAUUGGAUGCAUUCAGCGGCAGAUGGCUAGAGUGCUGACGCUUGAUUUUCAAUUAGACUGUCUUGACUACCAGACAGAGGGUUGGUAUCAUGCUGAUCUGGACUAUGAAACCUUUGAGUUACUUCAGCUCCAAAAGGGUGAGAGCAUGUUUUCCUUUGCAAGGGAAAUGACACGUAGAUCAACAGAGGCCAAGUUCGAGGAAGCCAUGUCGGAGGCUGAUAUAAAGGCAAAAGAGCUUGGUCCUUGGAGAUCCAAGCUUUUGUGGGCUUCUCGCUUUCUACCAAUGCCUCUCGUUGGACUUCUCUUAAUUGAAACUGUUUGCUAUAAUGACGGAAGUCAGGCAUCCAACCAUCUAAUUUCUGAAGCCUUGUCCAGGUUGGAUUUUAGUUCUGCUCUGAAGAUCUUACUCGCAGAGAUUAUGGCGUCCGAGUUAGUGGCGGUGACUAGUGACCUGGAUGACAAAUCUGUUGUUGUUGGUGAGAGGAACAAAGUUGCGAUACAGACGCUCCAAAGAGCAAUCGACGAAGGCCACAACAAGAUUGCCAUACUUUAUGGAGGUGGACACAUGCCAGACUUGGGGAGGCGGUUAAGAGAGGAAUUCAACUUCACACCUACUCGGGUGCAGUGGAUAACAGCGUGGUCCAUAAAGACGCGGAAUCUAAACAGCAGUUCCCUUCCGUUUUUCAAAACGAUGGCAGAAGUUUCUGGGUGGCCAUUUGACCACUAUCAGACUCUGACACUGUUAAUACUUUCCUCUGUAUUAGUUUUGGAUCUCUGGGUGUGGCAGCUUUUCUUUAGCAGCGCCUUGAGCUUGGUCUCCAACACUUCUUCAGCGAUAUUUCACCAUUUUAAUGGUCUGUAUGGGUUCGUAGAAUCUCAUGUUUAACAAGAACAAUGGAAAGCUGUAUUUAUUUGCAGAUGUUUCAUUCGUUUCCAUUAAAUGAGAACGUAGUUGAUUGUUGAA